CAGCUAAAGUCAGUCGAUAGCAGACGGCCAAAGCGUUGAGACGUCGUCAGUUGCGCCGACGCGUUUAAAACGUAUAACGUGAAACAAAACAAAAAAGCAAAGCGAAGCAAAAGCAACAACAACAACAACAACAAUCAACAUCGAAGCUUAUACAUUUUACAACAACAAUCAAAGCAGAGCUUAAGCAAAAAGCUCGCAAAGUCGCUCUUUUUUUUUGUUUUGUUUAUUAUUAUUAUUUUUGUUUCUGUGCAAGUCAAGAUGCCCUGAACUAGUUACCUCUGAGAGGGAGACAAUCGAUAAAUCUCGGGCUGAACUGUAUUAUCUAAAUUGAUUGGACAAAAUGGCGCUACGUUUGCGUCGGGACGUCCAGAAGGCCUCAUACUAUGUUUGGUUCCUGGGCGCCGAGGAGGCGAAGGGAUUACGAGGCGCGCGCGUCAUUAACUCAGUGCUUCCAUAUCUCGUGGACAGAUCACGAGGCCAGGAGCCGCUCAAGGUGACGCUGCAGGUUUCGCACAAAGGCAUCAAAAUCGUGCAGGGCGCAUCGAAGCAUUUAAUACCACACAGUGCCAUAACCAGCUCCGUGCAAACCGAUGACAUUGUUGCCUGUGUCCUGCUCCUUUAUAAUCCGGCGACUAAAUGUCCUCUACAUGUGCACGCCUAUCGUUGCGACUCGGAGACAACGGCGGAGGCGUUGCAUCUACAAUUGCAAAUCCUUAUUAAUCGACCGGACAAUCAAAAGCGAUUCGAGGAGCUAGAAACCAGGUUGGGUAUUUUACCACCUCUACCCGCUGGUGGGGUACAAGGACACAGCAGCAACAGCAACAACAACAGCCACAGUGGCACAGACAAACGGCAUGAGGCGACGCACAAGUCGUCACACCAUCUGCCACCUCAGCAACACCACUCGAGUGGUGGCAGCUAUCCACAUCAUCAGCAGCAGCAGCAACAACAACAACAGCAGCGUCGCCAUGAGACAUCGCCGAAACGAUUUAGCAGCUCAUUGGGAAGCGAUACGGGCAACAGUACAAGGGAAUCGGAGUGCAGUGAGGAGCAUGUGGGCAUGGGAGGAUUGGGUGGAUCACCCGUGUCAAGAUCACCGCCGCAUGGCAACAACAACAACAGCAGCAGCAAACAUCAUCCACACCUUCAAUCACAACAUUCACAGCAUUCACAGCACUCACAGCAUUCACAUCAUCCACAUGGUCAUCCCCCGCUGACACCGCAACAGAACAGCGACCUCUUUGACUCUCUGGCUGCGGAGCUGAGAGCCAAGUUAAAUGGGAAUGGUCCCCCGCUGCUUUUGCCGCCACGUGACUAUGAUACAGUGCAUCGCUCCAAGGGAAAUCUCACAGCCAUUGAGCUGCGUCGCUGUCGCAAUGCGUUGAUUGUGGGCGGUGCUGGCACUCCCAAAAGCGCCGCCGCUGUCGCCAGUGCGCCAACAUCAGCAGCAGCAGCCGCUGCUGCAGCUCCGCCACCGACCAAUGCCAAUGGCAAACAGGUGUCCUCGCGGGGAUCCUCGGGCAUUGGCUCCGAUCUGGCGCCCAGUCCGGAGCGACAGGAGCUAAACAGCUCUAGUGAUGACGAACACUGGUCCAAUGAGGCGGACAAUUCGGUGAUCGCCUUGAAACCGUCACAAAUUGCGCUGCCGCCGCAUGCGCAGCUGAAGAGGAAGAGUGCAAUGCAACCGCCGGAGGACAGUUAUCUACGGGAUUUGCCAGCCAAGCCGUAUGUGCCGCGCCAGAGCGACCGUGAUAGGGAGCGGGAGAGGGAGCGGGAGCGCGAGAGGGAAAGAGAAAGAGAAAGAGAAAGGGAAAGGGAACGCACCAAGACGCCGGCAUCGUCGAGCAAAUCCUGGUCACGGGAGGAUGAGAUCAAACCGAUCAUAAUGCGACCAGCGGACUAUGAUGCCAAAUUCAAUAGGGUUAUGCAACAGGAGCCGCAAUCGCUAAAGCACGAGGGAGCUGCCAAAUUGCGGGAUACGGAUAAAUACAACGAGAUCAAUCGAUUGCUCAACAAGAAGCUCUCCGGUCACGAUAGAGAACGGGAGCGGGAACGCGAAAGGGACAGAGAGAGGGAGCGUGUGAAGCAACGUUCGUUGCACGAUGAUGAACUCGACGAUUUCGAUGAUUCCGAUCCGUGUAGUGAGCCACAACAGCAACCGCACUCCAUUGGUGGCUAUCGCAAGGAGAAUCUAACCGAUAAGCAGAAGUUCAUGGAAUAUGCAUCCAAGAAGCAGCAACAACAGCAGCAACAACAACUGAAGUCAUAUGCGGCAGAGGAGGCGCAACGUUAUGGAGGAAGUCGUCAUCGUUAUGUGGAUCCGGCCGAGUUGCCCUUCGAGCCACAGUUGCCGGUGGGUCAGCACAAUAAAUAUGCGGCAGUGCAUCGUGGUGCAGCGGAGCAGACGCGCAGUGGCAGUGGCAACAACAACGAGAGACGCGAGCGGCAUGACAGAGAAAGGGAGCGGGAGAGGGAAAGAGAGAGGGAACGUGAGCGGGAACGCGAUCAUUCUAGGGAUCGCAAUCCAUAUCGCGAGGCGGAGAGCCUGCCAUACAUACAAAGCAUGGAGAAGAUGAUGAAAUCCACGGGCAUACGCUACGGCGAGGAGCCGCCACGCAAGCCCAGCAGUCGCGAUGGAGGCGUGGUCGGAGGCGGAGUCGCAGUCGGAGUCGGAGGACCAACAAUUGUCAGUCGUCGCGAAUAUGCGAGUGCGACGGCAGCUGGCAGUCAAGUGUCGCCACGUGAGCGUUUCCACGAUGCCAAGGACAAGUUCCGGGCCAUGGAACGCAACGGCAACGGCGGCAGUCGCUAUGAGCUGGAUGAACGUGACAGCGGUGGCGUCAAUGGUGUUGCUGCAACAGUUGCACCAACCACAAUCAACGAUUACCGCUCAUCGUCACGCCGACGUCGCGGCAGCGUCGAGCCGCCCAGCUAUGUGGAGCAUUGGAGCGAUGAGGAUGAGGAGGAGUCAAUGCAGCCGCCAGAGCGGAUCAUGAGUCGUUCCAGAGCACGUUCCCGUGAGCAUUGGGAGCAGGAGCAGAUGCAGCAGCAGCAACGGCAUGGUCAGGAUAGGGAGCGGGAGAGGGAACGUCGUGAGCGGGAUUAUCCCAUGCGGCGCAGUGAGGAUGCCCACGAGGCCUAUCGCCAUGAGCGGGAUAGGGAGCGGGAGCGGGAACGGGAACGUGUACAGUCACGUCAUCAGCUGCGUGCACAUUCCAGGGAAUAUCUGCAGACCGCGGAGCCCGUCAACGUGGCCAAGUCGAGCUCAUCUCGUGUGCCACAUCAUGCCGAGCGUUAUCCAUCGCCGGCGCCCACACCCAGCAGCAACAAUAGCGGUAAUACAGCAGCCGUUGCUAACACAGCAGCCGGUAAGCCGCUGUCCAGCAUGCCCAAGGGAUAUCGACACAGUUAUGCGGAGCCUGUAUUUGCCCGAUCUGGCGGACGUGUGGGACUUGCCGCCGUCAAUCCCUAUUAAACAGCAAUAUUAAUAAAAAUAUAUAUAAAAUAUAUACUCAAUUGAACUGUAAAUUACACACACACACACACUCUUACUUACUCACCAGCGAAAGAGAUUGAGAUAGAGAUAGAGAUAAUGUGAGCGAAAGAGAGAGAGAGAGAGAGAGUAACCCAAUCCAUGCGCCGAAAUGCCUGCAAGGUAUGCGCCUGUAAUUAUGUGCCUUCUAAAUAUGUUUUAUAUGCGUACAUACUAUAUACAUAUAUAUAUCUAUAUAACUACAUCUAUAUCUAUAGAUUAGCCUAUACAUAUACAUACACAUAUAUGCAUAUAUUCCAUGUAUAUCUUCGAUUUAAAUACAUAUUUGUAGCUAAAGACGAACGCGAACAAAUCGAAACACACAAUUUAAAGAUGCAUUUUUUUUUUUUUGAUCGUAUUUUUAAGUUGCGCGGUUUCUUGGUAUCUAAUUAUUAUACUUGAAUACCAUAUAUAUACACAAUAAAAAGAUAUAUACCUGUAUAUCUACUUUUUUUUUAUAUACAAAUCAACAAUAAUAUCUGAUUAAACUUACAUAUAUUAUAGCUCAUGUAUCUAUUGUUAUCAAUUUGAUAUUUGCAUUAAUAAAGCGCUAGUAAAAAAAAAAAUAAAAAACGGAAA